UGUUUAUUUACUUAAAAUUUACGGCAACUGCUCGCGUGAAAACAAAAACCCACCGGCUGAUUUUAAAUGUGCAAAUUAUGAAAUAAUUAUUUAAAGUAUUUUAAAAUUUGCUUAAGUGGAAAAACCUGAUGAAAUAUGGGAGCAGAGGCACAAAAUGAAAGCAAUUUUAGGAGUGAUGGUGUAUCGGUUAGGAAGAGCAGCGCUUGCGAUGGCUCCAACAACGCUGAUGUCGCCCCCAUGCCGAAGCACAUACCCUUUCCAGAGUUUUCAGGCAGUUCAGAGGUCAUCAACGAACUCGUGAUGUUCCUGUUCAUCACUUUUGCCGCUGCAAUGCAAUUUAUUAACAUUUAUCGCACGCUUUGGUGGUUGCCGGAGUCGAAUAUAAAGCAUACAGUUAAUAUUCAUCUUAUUGAACCGUACUUGGUGGCCUUUAUCGUAUUGUUAAUGUCACGGCGUUUCAUCUACUGUUUCCUCAUACAUGGACAGGAUUUGUUGCAGAAUUUUAGCAGUAAACAUCGUCGCAUCUAUAGAGUUUUGGUUAAAUACAGCUUUAGUUGUGGGCUUGCAGGUCUUCUAGGCUUCUGCAUGUUUAAAAUUUAUGUGAAAAACUCAUUCAUACCUGUCUUCCUGCUAAUUUAUCCUCUCAUCAUCUAUGUGCUUGUUUUUGGCUUUCAAAUCGAACCCUUUUUACGCAGCUCCUAUGAAGUUGAAGGUGCCUACUUCAAUGGCAUGCCUCUGCAUUGCUGUUCCAGUUGCCCUGACACAAUACGUCAUGAAAUCGAUGUGCUGAAGAAUGAUUUCAAUAUUCGCUUCAAACAAAUUGUUUUUACGUCGAUGUUUAAUGCUUACUACGCUGGGCUUGUGCCUUGUUUCUUUGCUGUUUCCAUCUACUACAAUGUACUGUGGGCCUAUCAACAUGCAUUUUACGUUUGGCUAAGUUGCCUCACUAUGGCAGUAGCGUUUGGCCUCCCUUCAAAGUAUAGUGAUAUCCUACAUCGCGCAUCACUGCAUUUGGGCCAUUGGUGGCGUAUGGAUAUGCGUGCAUUAGGUGGCUGUGGCGGUGGCAGUAGCAGCUCAACCGUAGUCUGGAAAGCUAAUAAUGUGUGGACUCAGAGCAGCGUGACAAAAUAUAAUGGAGACUUAUAUACAAGUGUUGGUCCAGUAACGGUAGCGCUGCCGGGAAAUUCUACUCAUUCUAGGUUUUAUAAACUCUUCCGCAAUCCAUCCAUCAUAUACAUGGCACUCACAGGACUGCAAGCAGCCAUUGUAUUGUCAGGCAUAAUCGUUUUAUUUUAUGCCGUCGAGUGGCACUUUGUGCUGUCGCUUAGUUUCGUUACGCUCACAAAUCAGUUUACUUUUUUCAAAAUAAUGCGAGAUUAUUUGGUAACGAAACGCAUCUACACAGCGGAAACAGCCAUAGCAGAGCAAUCAAAAGCGAAUGCACCGAGUAAUAAUUAAAGAAAUGAGAGAUCAUUGGUGAGACUGCAUUUAUAGCCAAACAAAGUAAACAAUCCACAUGAACUGCGUGCUUCUAACUUCAUACCACACGUGUUUAUUUCUUUGGUUACUAAAUUGAAAUAUUUAUAUUUACCUCAUUUUAUUUUUUGAUCAUUAAUCAAUAAUUACAUUCAGACAUUCAUUGUUGUUUGAAAGGAAGUAAAAUACUAAACAAUUCAUGCAAAAUUUGUGUUAAUGAAA